UCAAGUGGAAGGGGGCGUGGCGGAGACGUGUGGGCGGCUCCAGGCAGUCAGUCUGCGGGUCCGGGCUGUGUAGCGCCGCUUAGUAGAGCUCAGCCCUACGCCCGGCUUUGUGUCCCGGGACCGCAGCGUCGGUGCGAGCAUCUCCGCCUCAUUCAUUGCACCGCUCCUCAGAGCCGAAACGCGGGCCCGGGCCCCCGGCUCUGUGCAUUAUGUCAAAGCGGCUGAAGAGCCUGGAGGUCUGCGCGGACUGCAGCGUGCAGGAUCCUCGCUGGGCAUCUAUUAACAGAGGUGUACUGAUAUGUGACGAAUGCUGUAGUGUACAUCGGAGCCUGGGGCGACACAUUUCACAAGUGAGACAUCUUAAACACACGCCAUGGCCUCCUACCUUACUACAGAUGGUACAGACCUUGUAUAGUAAUGGUGCGAAUUCAAUAUGGGAACAUUCUUUGCUGGACCCGGCAUCCAUAAUGAGUGGAAAGAGGAAAGCCAAUCCCCAGGAUAAGUUGCACCCAAACAAAGCUGAGUUUAUAAGAGCGAAAUAUCAAAUGCUGGCAUUUGUUCACCGUUUACCCUGUCGAGAUGAUGAUAGUGUCACAGCCAAAGAUCUUAGUAAGCAACUUCAUUCAAGUGUUAGGACUGGUAACCUAGAGACCUGUCUGCGGCUCUUAUCCCUAGGAGCACAAGCAAAUUUUUUUAAUCCGGAAAAGGGAAGUACACCUCUUCAUGUGGCAGCAAAAGCAGGACAGAUAUUACAGGCUGAGCUCCUCACGGUCUACGGUGCAGACCCAGGCACACCUGAUUCUGCUGGGAAAACGCCCAUUGACUAUGCAAGGCAAGGUGGCCACCACGAAUUGGCAGAUCGUCUUGUAGAAAUUCAACAUGAAUUGACAGACCGAUUAGCAUUCUAUCUUUGUGGAAGGAAACCAGAGCACAGAAACGGACAGCACUUCAUUAUACCACACAUGGCAGAUAGCAGUUUGGACUUAUCAGAACUGGCUAAAGCUGCCAAGAAAAAGCUGCAAUCUUUAAGCAAUCACUUAUUUGAAGAACUGGCAAUGGAUGUCUAUGAUGAAGUUGACAGACGAGAAACAGAUGCAGUUUGGCUAGCUACUCAGAACCAUAGCACACUUGUCACAGAGACCACUGUAGUACCUUUCCUUCCUGUGAAUCCCGAGUAUUCCUCAACGCGUAACCAGGGAAGGCAGAAAUUGGCCCGUUUCAAUGCCCAUGAAUUUGCCACCCUGGUAAUCGACAUUUUAAGUGACGCCAAAAGGCGACAACAAGGAAAUUCAGUCGUAGCACCCAAAGAUAAUGUGGAAUUGGUCUUAAAAAGUAUAAGCAAUCAACAUAGCAACGAAAGCGAAGAUAACGACCAGCCUGACUAUGAUAGUGUCGCAUCUGAUGAAGAAACAGAUCUGGAGAAUGUUCCACCCAAUUCUAAUAGGGAAAAGAGCUUGGAAUCCGAGUUAUCUGAUGGUACAUUUACAGUACAAGAGUUUCUUGAAGUUAAAAAUGCCCUGACUGCAUCGGAAGCAAAAAUACAACAGUUAAUGAAAGUGAAUAGCAAUCUCAGCGAUGAGCUUCGGAUAAUGCGGAAAAAGCUCCAAACACUGCAAUGUGAGAAUACCAACCUCAGGAGACAGGCCACAACUAACCUGUAUCAGGUCCCAACUGGGUCAGAAUACACAGACCUCGCCAACCCACCUUCAUUAAAGAGGCGCCCUUCAGGACGAGGUAGCAGGCCUAUGUCUAUGUAUGAGACGGGAUCUGCCCAGAAGCCCUACCUCCCUAUGGGAGAAGUUACUUACCCAGAAGAAGGUAUUAAAAGACUACAGCCUUUCCCACCCCAUAUCGGGAGGAGUGCAUAUGUGACCUCCUCUUCAUCCCUGCCUUCCUUCCCCUCCACGCUUUCCUGGUCAAGAGAUGAAAGCACACGAAGGGGGUCAAAAGUAGAAAAGCAAACCAGUGUACAAGAAAGCGACUAUGAUAAUACCCUUCAUGAUGCAGAGCUGGAGGAAACGAGUUCAAGUAGAAAAGGGAGACAGAGAAGCCUGCCCUGGCAUGGAGAAGGCUCCAUUCCAGAAAUAGAUGACCCUGAUGUAAAUAUAAGCUCCACUCUGCCCAGCACAGAGGAUGUAAUUCGGAAGACUGAACAGAUCACCAAAAACAUCCAAGAGCUGCUUAGGGCAGCACAGGAAAACAAACAUGACAGGCCCUUUGAACGUGAAAGUGUGCGCAGGCUGAGGCAUAGCCUUGGUUGUUUUAGCACAUUGGUUCCUUGGGCAGAGAAAGCCCCACUGCAGCCAUUGACCCUCCAGCAGCCAGACUCUACCUCCUGCUAUUUACCAUGUUCGGAAAGAAUACACGUUGCAGUGACAGAAAUGGCAGCCCUCUUUCCAAAGAAGCCCAAGUCGGACAUGGUGAGAACAUCACUACGCCUUCUUACGUCCAGUGCUUAUCGGCUGCAAACUGAGUGUAAAAAGACCCUGCCGAUAGAGUCCAGUCCGAGCACCGACGUUCAGCUGGUGACACAGCAAGUCAUUCAGUGCGCCUAUGACAUCGCUAAGGCUGCUAAACAAUUGGUCACCAUCACAACCAAAGAAAACACAAACUAAGGAAUAGUGGUCACCUUUUGUUUUCCUGAAGGACAUGUGGGACUUACAUUUUUCUUAAGGUUUUAUUUGAUAAUAAGGCAGGUUCAUCUUAAGACUUCAGUAUCAGUAUUACUAUUUGCAUGUAUUACUUCUAAGUGUUUCGCUGGACUAUCUUAAUUUACCCCACUGCCUUAUAUGUAAACUUUUCUGCCAGUUUAAAAAGCAUUGUACUUCAUCCAUUACUCAGAGAACCUUAAAGGGUUUUUUUCUGACAGUUUUAUACUGAUGACCUGUCCUGAAGAUACAGUAGGUAAUCAGUAUUUGAUUGGUGGGGGUCCAACAGUGGGGACACCCUUCUUGCAGCUUGCCAUAGAUCAGUGACAGCAUGGUCAGUGGUCACAUGACCUAGGUGCAGCUCAGUCCCAUUCAAGUGAAUGGGGCUGAGUUGCAAUACCAAGCAAAGCCCCUAUACUAUGUACGGCACUGUGCUUGGUAAGCUGUGGAGGCCACUGUGUCGUGGCCCCCCUCAAACAGCUGAUCAGCGGUGGUCCCAGGAGUCAGACUCAAACCGAUCAUAUACUAAUUACCUAUCCUGAGGAUAGGUCGUCAGUAUAAGACUGUCAAAAAAAAAAAAAAAAAAAAAAAAACUUUAAAGGGGUUAUCCUAGACUAGAAAGUUGAUACACCGAUCCUUAUUGGUGAGGUCCAACCCCCCAGAUCACCUGAAUUAAGUUCUCUUUCGUUGUUUACAAGGCACAGGCUGUGUAUGCUACUCCAGCUUGGUGCCAUUCACCUGAAUGGGACUGAGUUGAAGUGGGCUGCAAUACCAGGUACUGUUACUAAUAAAAGUACAAAGCCAUGUCUCUUAAACAAUGAGGGUGAGCACCGCAGCCCCUUCCGUCUUUGAUCAGGUUGCCAGAAGGAUCCAUCACCAAUAUGAUACCUAUGACCUAUCCAUCAAUAUUAUAGUCCUGGAAACCCCCUUUAAAUUCUUUUGUUAUAUUUUUUUUUUAUCACUGUGACAAAAUGAUGCCUCAGUUUGCACAUUAUUCAGAAUAUUGCUGGGACUCUGUGAUCUUUCUUAUGAUUAGGGAUUUAACCUAUACAUUUAUGAAGAUAUUAUCUAUUUUAUAACCCUGAUAAUUUAACAAUUUUGUCUUUUAAAGGGUCCAGUAUUACUUGUCUGUACAGUUGCAGGUCCAGCUGUAAUGUUUUAAUCACAAUAAUAUUCAUUAAGCACACAGGAUGUAACGUUUGCUCCCAUUGAUUUGCCUUCACGUGAUAUGAUAGAAGUGUCUUAUUUUAGUAAGUACUUGAUGUAACCAUGAUGGACAUUGUCUUAGAGCUCAGCAUUUUUACCCCUGCAAAUGUAUGAAUAAAUUGACAGCUGCGUGUCCCUAUGCAGUAUGACUGUUCAGUCAGUGCAGAUGUGUAAGGAAGGACACAGCUUAUUGACUAGGGAAAUGAUAAUGUCCAGUUGGUUUAUUUAUAUAUAUUUCCAGCAUGAAUAACAGAGGAACAGCACAACAGAGUUCUAUAGAAAAUAAAAAAUGCUUCAGUAUUAUAUGGGGAAUAUAAGUAUUUUAUAAAACGGACAUGUCAGGAGAGCAGACAGAUUCUCUUUGACUAUAAGUGCCUGUACUGAUUGCGAUUAGAGAUAAGCGAAUUUCAUAUUUUAAAAUUUGUUCACGCUUCGUUUGGUGGGAAAAGCAGAAUUGCAUUAUGGAUUCUGUUACCAUGGAUCAUAACGCAAUUCUAUGACGUCAUAAUAGAAGUCUAUGGGCUGUAAAACGUAUCCGUCCCGGUUCUGUUAUAAAGGGGAGUCCUCUCCUGCAUUCCGUCAUAGAAUUGCAUUAUGGUCCGUGGUAAUGGAAUCCAUAAUGCAAUUCGGCUUUUACCAGUGAACGAAUUUCUUAACAUGAAAUUCGCUCAUCUCAAAUUAUGAUGAUUUGUCCUCGUCAGCUUACACGUUCAGAUUAGAGGAAAUUAUUGUGAAAGCCUGAGCACUUAUGUACUAGUGAUACGUGUACUGAUGUAUAUUGUAAAUGUUUGUAGUGUGGUGUGGAGCCCUGGUACCCAUGUCCUGGACAUGCUGCAUUUCAGUUAGCACUUGUGCCUGUAGAUGAUGGAAUAUAUAGGUCAUUUCUUUGCAUAGGUGACGUUUAAGAUCCGUCCACAAACAUGCUACCUAGUUCCCCUGCUGGAUUAUCACAGUAUUUGUACUGCAGGCAUUAAAAGGGACAUUUUCUUACAGCCCUUUUGUAUGUAUGACAACUAGAAGUUCAAUGUUACAAGAAUCAUCACUAUGAAAGAGGAAAAAGAAGCCUGUGUCUUGGUCCAUUGGGCUACUUUAACAGAUGAUAUAUAAAAAGGCAUGAAUAAUGCAUUUAUAAAACAAAGGUGAAGUAUGUGAGCCCUUAUGAGUGUUGAGAAGAGGUGGGGUUUAGACUCUAUUUUGUAAAGGACAAAAAAACAACUUUGUGGACACUUGAUAUGCCUAUUCCAAAUCAUGUACCCGCAUGGUGUCCGCUUACUCUACAACUGAUACGCCCUCUGCAUUUCACUGAGAGGGCCAGGCAGUGAAAAUGUCCUCACACCUGUCUGUGUCAGAGGAAACGGCCGUUAGAGAGAGCAGAGCCUUUAGGUGUAAUGGCAACGCCCCCAUUGCUCCUAGAGGCUCAUUUGCAUAUAUUAAAGCAUCAUUGUUCUCAGCAAUGCGGGCACAUAUGAACAUGGGACCAACACAGGUGCCUUCAGCUGCCAGGAGCACAUGUAACAGGUCAGCCAGUUUCAUGGGUACAAAACUGCUGACCGAUGCCCUUUAACCUAUCUGCACUGUUGAUGCGAAAAGCACCCGGCUUUUUAAUGUACAUUCAUUAAUCAUCUACAACGCAGGUAAGGACUUGCAAUGCUUUCAGUCUGACUGUAAUGUUGGCAUGGUCACCUCUGUUUUGUGGUAGAUGGACCUUUAGCUAAGGGAUAGCAGACUGCUUCCAAAAUAGCGGUUAGGACUUUGAGUCAGAGUAGUAUCUGGUAAGUGAACCUACAGGAGGUUAGGCAAAAGAAUUGAAGAUGCUGGAAGCUCUAUGAUCUAUUGUACACAGGACUUCUUCCUCUACUAUUAAUGAAUUCUGAAUAUAACGUUAUUACUAUCCACUCUGAUAAUGUGAAUUUACUUUUGCUGGACAUAAAUGUAGCUGAACAUGUCUGGAGUUGAUCUCUGGUAAUCCUCUACGUUUACCCUAAGUUUGACAGCACCCACAGAUACUAGUGUGUAAAUAUAGCAAAUAAUGGCUGUAUGUACUUUGUACCAAUCUAAUAUCUGAACUGACUGUGCCUGUGAAUAGGUGUGAAUUAAAUCCUUUACUAAAACAGGAUUUACCUGCAUUGCUAGUGUAAAACUGAGACCAAGAAGCUGUGUUCAGUUAUCGUAAAGAGAACCUGUCACCACAAAAUGCAGAGCAGUCUGCAGGCAACAUGUUAUAGAGCAGGAGGAGCUGAGCAGAUCAAUAUUUAGUUUUAUGGGAAAAGAUUCUGUAAAACUUGUCAUUUA